UGAAGGUUCAACUGCGUCUUCUUAUCAACCACCCAUCUUCAUUUCAACAGUGAGCUGGAGUCCCUCUGUUACACUCCCCAAUACCGCAUUGAUCGCUUCGGCCUGGCCCGUCGGACUUAGUACCCCACGCUAUCUUGCUCCUUUGAGCUCUUGUUUCACGGUGUCCUGAUACCUAGCGUUGCCUGACUAAGCUUGCCGGGCAUCCCUUUUGGAGCUACCUAAACGCCCUCGAAGUGCUGCACCUUUUGGCUAGUGACGUCUGCCCCGCAACAUCACCAACACCACAAGACCUCCAUCGCCCAACAUGGCUUCCAAGAAAACAAAGUCCGCCGCUGCCGGCGACGACAUUGACGACCUCUUUGAUGGCAUUGGUGACAAUGUUGCUCCCCCCAAGAAGUCGCUCGAGAAGAAGCCCAAGCCUACCACCGCCGCCUCCAAGGCAAUGGCUGAUAACGACAUCCUGGCCGAGCUCGAGAAGGACCUCGAGCAACCCUCCCGUCCGCAUACGCCGCGUCUUAAGGAGACGGCAGCGAAGGGCAUUCCCAAACGCUCUGCGACCCCUACCACCGACGACAAGUCGACUGCCCCCCGCAAGUCUACCGACAGCGCACGAUCUCUCCGCGCGAGCUUCACCCCGAGUGCCACGAGCUCUGACCUGCAAGAACCCGAGAAGAGGCCUGCCGAACAGCUUGCCGCCGCACCUUCAUCGGCUGCUAGUACCGAAGCCGCGCCAGCUGCGGGAGGUGGCUGGUGGGGCGGCAUCUUUAACACGGCCACUGCUGCCAUGAAGCAGGCCGAAGCUGCUGUCAAGGAGAUUCAGAAGAACGAGGAAGCCAAGAAAUGGGCCGAACAAGUUCGAGGAAAUGUUGGUGGCCUCAGAGCUCUUGGUGACAACCUUCGCCAGCAAGCCCUUCCGACAUUCACAAACAUCCUCCAUACUAUUGCUCCUCCCAUCAGCUCUCACGAGAGACUCCUCAUCCACAUUGCCCACGAUAUGGUCGGAUACCCUUCCCUCGAUCCCUUGAUCUACGGCACCUUCUCCCGCGUCAUGUCCCAGGUGGAGGGCGGUGAGUUGAUGGUCAUUCAGAGAGGCCAGGAAACUCACAGCCGCAGAUACUCCAACGACGGUGGCGCUGGCUGGAGAGACGGCCCUUGGUGGAGACAAUCUGACUCCCCGCGUGACCUGGGUCUGAUCAAGGGUCUGACCGAGGGCACGAAGCUCUGCCGUGCCGGAGCUGAAGGGUACGCCAGCGAGUACUUUGCAGCCAACGGUGGUGUCGAGCAGGCUCGGCUACGUGCAACUGAGCCGGUGAGCGAAGACAACCCGGUUCGCAGCUCCGACCUGUUUCUUGCCAUCCAGGCUGUGGGUACCACGGCCGACGCGGGUCUCUUUGCCCGUACGUCUGCUGUUGAGAAGGAGAAGGAGGCUUCGGCCGUGACCGAGCAGGAUGAGGCUGACGAGAUGGUUUGCUUCGCCGUCUUCUGCCUCGACCCUGUCCACGAGAUCGAGUACUCGGCCAUCAGCCAGUCCAUCCCGGCCAAGUGGAUCCGCUGGUUGGACGCCUCCAACCCGCUGACUCCUGCCAGCGGCGAGGAUGGCCAGGAGGAUUUCCUGGGUCAAUCUAUUCCGGACGAGAUCCGUGAGAUUGUCGAGGGCGGUGGUGUCGAUCCCCGCGAGUGGGUCGCCGAGUGGAUCGAGGAGUUGCUGAGCCUGGCUGUGGGUGUUGUGGCACAGAGAUAUGUUGCCAGGAGAAUGGGUGUCGGUGAAGGAGGCAUCGGCAAGGGCAAGAGGCGUAUGGACGAGCUCGUUCAGGGUGGUGGUGGCGAGGCUGCUCGGGCUGGUCUCAUCUAAGCCCGUACCGGAUAGCGGUGACUGUAUGAUUUUAUCUAGGUGUUCGGGUAUACCGCUUUCUUUAUCAAUAUCAUUGAAUAUCCAUUAUCAUUAUACAAAUGGCAUCAUCAGUG